CUCGCUCGAUGGCGGUUCGCGCCUGCGCGUGACGUAGGUGCUUGUGAUAGGCUCAAAGCCACAUUUCCCAGCAUUCUCAUCGUAUCCGAACUACAUUGCCCGAAAGCCUGAACGGCAGUUCGCGCAUCUUUUUCCACUUCCGUCCCGCGGAAGUUUCGGGGACAUGAGGAGUCGUCGCCUGUGGCGGCUCCUGCGCUCGGGCAGCGGGGUCAGCGGCUGGUUCGCGCCCCGCGGCGGCCGCUGCUCGCCGGGCUUGCAGAGAGGUUUCUCGACCACCACAACCAAGGAAGCCUAUGACAGGCGGCCCGUGGACAUAACCCCUUUAGAGCAGAGGAAACUAACUUUUGAUACUCAUGCAUUGGUCCAGGACUUGGAAGCUCAUGGAUUUGACAAAGCACAAGCAGAAACAAUUGUAUCAGCACUAACCACUUUAUCCAAUGUCAGCCUGGAUACUAUCUAUAAGGAGAUGGUCACUCAAGCGCAACAGGAAAUAACAGUCCAGCAGCUAAUGGCUCAUUUAGAUUCCAUCAGGAAAGACAUGGUCAUCCUAGAGAAGAGUGAAUUUGCAACUCUGAGAGCAGAGAAUGAGAAAAUGAAAAUUGAAUUGGACCAAGUUAAGCAGCAACUAAUACAUGAAACCAGUCGAACCAGAGCGGAUAAUAAGCUAGACAUCAACCUGGAAAGGAGCAGAGUAACAGAUAUGUUUACAGAUCAAGAAAAGCAACUUAUGGAAGCAACCACAGAAUUUAGCAGGAAGGAUACUCAAACCAAAAGUGUUAUUUCAGAGAUCAGUAAUAAAAUUGACAGUGAAAUUGCUUCCUUAAAAACACUGAUGGAGUCUAACAAACUUGAAACAAUUCGUUACCUUGCAGCAUCAGUGUUUACUUGCCUGGCAUUAUCAUUGGGAUUCUAUAGAAUCUGGAAGUACUACUAAUGCCCCUCAGCUGCUGCCAGUGCCUCCUCGGGACACUACGCAAGGAGGGGGUUUUAAACACUGUCACUUGCAGCAUAACUUUACCACAAGAUGAUGCAGAGUGCAUUUGGACUAAGAAGUGUUUUAGAAUGAGAAGAGGUGUUUUUAUUUCAUUUAUAUCCGCUGUGUUGAAAAGUUGUCAUACCCAGCCUGAUUUAUUUGAAAAAUGGCAUUUUGUCCAUGUUUUGAUUAUUCAUAAGAACUAAAUCAGCUUUAUGUUUGAAUGGUAAAUUUGUUUGAAAUUAUUGAAAACUAUUGCCUAACCUAGCUUUAUUACUGGUAACUGCUGCAAUUACAUUUUUAUAUAACAUAGAAAUUAUUAAACAGUUGUUUGGAAAGUGA